AUGGUCGCCACGGCGACGACCAGUGCUUCCCAACAACAACCAUCGUCAACUCCUUUAAUCCAACCACAUCAGACGUAUGUCCCUUCUGCCACCCAUCAACCUAGUCGACCCUCGAUCCAGCUCCAGCAACCGCCACAGCAACAACAACAACAACAACAACAGCAACAACAACAGUAUUACAAUACACAACCCUCUCCACCGGCCAGCUACAACCAUUACACACAAUACCAGCAAGGGCCUCCUGCUGUCAUGCAACACCAGCGUCAACAAUAUCAGCAUCACCAACAGGUUGUUCAACAACAACAUCAAUACCAACAGCAGCCUCACCAAUACCAGGCACAACAGAGGCACUCUAUGGGCAAUUCCCCGAUCAGCAGCGGAAACAGCUAUAGUAGCAACACAUAUCGGUCAUCGUCGGGCACACUACCGGCAUUGACUUCUCUCCGGGACUGGUUCGAUGCCGUCGAUACGGAUCAUUCGGGCGGUCUGUCCUGUGAAGAACUUCAGCGUGCCCUUAUGAACGGCGAUGGUUGGACUCCCUUCAACGUCGAGACGGUGCGGAUGAUGAUGAACAUGUUCGACCGAGACGGGUCAGGAUCCAUCUCGUUCAACGAAUUCAUCGGACUCUGGAACUACAUCGAGAAAUGGAAAGCCUGUUUCCAGAACUAUGACCUCGACGGGUCCGGGACCAUCGACGCUCACGAACUCAAACAGGCCCUCCGUGGGUUCGGAUACAACCUCUCUGAUUCUACUGUCCAGAUGGUUGUGACAAAGUAUGAUGUGAGGGGGAGGGGCGAUAUUAGUUUUGAUAACUUUGUGCAGAGUUGUGUGACGAUCCAAGCGUUGACGGAGAGCUUCCGGAGGUAUGAUACCCAGGGGGUUGGUAUUGUCACCAUGACUUAUGAACAGUUCCUUGGGCUGGUCCUGAGUAACCGUUGA